UUUUCCUGAGAAAUAAUGGAAAACAAAUGUUGGGCUUAUACUUUAUCCUCUUGCUCCAGGUUGAACAAGAAUGGCAAGAAAAGCCAACAGGACAAGUCUGAAAUACCACACGGCCGUGACUAUGGGGAGGAAGAUGGGAGUACCGGCUCCAAAGAUCUUAGUUUGCGAAACUUGUCAAAGCUUAUUCUUCCACCACUGGGUGCUUCAAGUUACGACCAAAACCAGACUCAGUUCAAAGGGAGGAUCAUUUUUCCAAUGGAUUCAAGAUACAGGUGUUGGGAGUCGCUAAUGGUCAUUUUGGUGGCAUACUCGGCAUGGGUUUGCCCCUUUGAGAUUGCAUUUCUCAGCUCCCAUCCAAAGAAACUGCUCUACAUAGCAGACAACAUUGUUGAUUUCUUCUUCGCAGUUGAUAUUGUCUUAACAUUUUUCGUCGCGUACAUCGAUCCCAGAACCCAGCUACUAGUUGUCGACUCCAAAAAUAUUGCUAAAAGGUAUCUGUCAACGUGGUUUCUAAUGGAUGUGGCCUCAACAAUCCCCUUCGAGACGAUAGGUUUCUUGUUUACGGGCAAACAUCAAAGUGGUCUCUCUUAUUCAGUUUUGGGGAUGCUCAGAUUCUGGCGUAUGAGGCGGGUUAAGAAGUUCUUCAAAAGGCUAGAAAAGGACAUUAGAUACAACUAUUUUUGGGUCAGAUGUGCUUGGCUAUUAUCUGUGACACUGUUUCUUGUGCAUUGUGCUGGAUGCUUGUAUUAUUUGCUAGCUGAUCGCUAUCCACAUGAAGGGAAAACCUGGCUUGGAGUUGCAAUUCCAAAUUUCAGAGAGACAAGCCUAGGAUUCAGAUACGUUUCUGCUAUGUACUGGUCUAUCACCACCAUGACUACGGUUGGUUAUGGUGAUAUGCAUGCAGUGAACACUCUGGAGAUGAUAUUCAUAAUUUUCUAUAUGCUUUUCAAUCUUGGACUAACUGCUUACAUCAUUGGCAACAUGACAAACUUGGUUGUUGAAGGGACUCGUCGAACCAUGGAAUUUCGAAAUAGCAUUGAAGCUGCAUCCAAUUUUGUGAACCGAAAUCACUUGCCUACCAGGUUGAAGGAGCAGAUCAUAGCUUAUAUGUGUCUAAGAUUUAAGGCUGAAAGCUUGAAUCACCAAGAGCUGAUGGAACAGCUGCCCAGAAGUAUUUGCAAGAGUAUCCGUCAACAUUUAUUUUUGCGUACGGUCGAGAAGGUUUACCUUUUCAAGGGUGUUUCCAGAGAAAAUAUUUUACUUUUGGUUGCAGAUGUGAUGGCCGAAUAUCUUCCCCCUAGAGAAGAUGUCAUAUUGCAUAACGAAGCACCAGACGAUGUUUACAUCAUCGUAUCAGGAGAAGUGGAAAUAAUCGCAUCCGACAUGGAAAAAGAGAAAGUUGUUUGGACUUUAAAACCUGGAGACAUGUUUGGAGAAGUCGGAGCAUUUUGUUGCAGGCCUCAAUGCUUUACAUAUCGAACCAAGAUGCUUUCACAACUGUUGAGGCUGAAAACCAGUGCCCUGAUUGAAGCCAUGAAGAUCAAUCGAGAGGAUAACAUUGCAAUGAUUAGGAACUUUUUAAAGCAUCACAAAAACCUUAAAGACUUGUGUCUUGGGGAUUUAUUUCUUGAAGGUGUGGAAGAAGAGGGUGAUCCAAAUUUGUCUAUCAACUUGCUGACAGUAGCCAGCACGGGUAAUGCUGCUUUUCUAGAUGAGCUUCUAAAGGCAGGUUUGGAUCCUGAUGUUGGAGACUCCAAAGGUAGAACCCCACUGCAUAUAGCAGCAACGAAAGGGCAUGAAGAAUGUGUAGUGGUUCUCCUUAAGCACGGAUGUAACAUAUACCUGCAGGAUAUAGAUGGGAAUACUGCAAUUUGGGAAGCUGUAGCAGCAAAGCACCAACCAGUAUUCCGAAUUCUCUACCACUGGGCGUCCAUUUCUGAUCCCUACCUUGCUGGUGACCUCUUAUGCACUGCAGCAAGAAAAAAUGAUGCUGCAGUUAUGAAAGAGCUCUUGAAACAGGGACUUCAUAUUGACUCCAAAGAUCCCCACGGCAUGACAGCUGUUCAAGUUGCCGUAACAGAAAACCAAACAGACAUGAUCAAACUUCUCUUGAUGAAUGGAGCUGAGGUUGAUGAUAUAAUUAAGCACAAACUUUCAUCUAUUAAUGUAAAUGAAAUGCUGCAAAAACGAGAGGUAGGACAUCGGAUAACAGUACCUGAUACACUGGGUCAAGAUGCCUUUAAGUGGAAUGAGAUAAAGCAUGAAUGUGACAAGGAAUGUUCUGAAGGCACAUGUUCUACGAGGGUGAGCGUAAGGGUGAGUAUAUAUCGAGGCCAUCCUGUCAUCAGGAAAGAUAUACGUUGCAGUGAGCCUGGAAGAUUAAUCAGCUUGCCAAAAUCACUUACGGAGCUCAAGAACAUUGCAGGUAAAAAGUUCGGAUUUGAUGCAACAAAUGCAGCGGUGGUAAGUGAAGGAGGAGCUGAAAUUGAUUCCAUUGAAGUGAUAAGAGACAAUGACAAAAUUUUCUUCAUUGAAGAUCACAGUUCCGUGAUGAAGUGUUAGAUAAUCUCUUAUAAUAAUACUUGAAUGCUAGGGAGGGAUGUAUCAAAACUAGUACAUCCUUCUUGUAGUCUACCAGCAGUUCGGCCACCGGAAUGAUCAUUUCACUUCAAUUGUAUGAAAAACCUAAAUCUGUGAUAGUUCUGAUCAGAAUGCAAGCCAAGCUCCUUAUUAGUCA